AUGGCCGACACCGAAGAUACCGGCGCUGCCCCCGUCUCUGAACCUUUGGAUUUGGUGCGCCUGUCGCUCGAUGAGAUUGUCUUUGUGAAGCUACGUGGGGAUCGCGAACUGAAGGGUCGUCUGCAUGCCUACGACAGCCACUGCAAUGUGGUCCUGGGGGAUGUCGAGGAAACUGUCUACGUGGUAGAGGAGGAUGAGAACGGAGAGGAGACCAUCCGCACUACCAAGAAACAAGAAGAAAUGCUGUUCGUUCGAGGAGACUCCGUUGUCCUGAUUUCGCCGCAAGCAUGA